GCCUGGUCCGGCGCAUGCUCCGAUUCGAUUGUUGUUCCCGACUCCGAUGAUGACUGGUCCUGCGGAUGCGGAGUCUGCUCGCGCCUGCCCCCCCCUCCCAGGUGCGGACAGCGUGCACUCCCUGCCCUCCAAGAUAUUCAAGCGCUACGGCACCCCGCUGAUCGAAGGGGGCAGCUCAGGAGCAGCCGCGCGGGCGGCGCGGCCUCCGCGGGGGGCCAGCGGCCGCAGCUGGGCGGCGAGGCGUUGCCGCGGGCGGUGGAGGCUGGCGCCGCCGGCUCCUCGGCCGCUGCGCCGUCGCUCGGCGAGCUGCGGGCGGUGCUGGGCGACGGCAGCUGCGCCUUUGGCGAGCCUCAGCACGGCUGGGACGAGGUGAGCCACGAAGGGGUCAUGGUGCGAGGACCCAGAUACCUGACGGACCGGGCGAAGGUCAACUCCGGGCCUCCCCUCCUGGAGACCCUGUGCUGCGACACGUUCCAG